UUCACUGAAUUUCACACCAGUAUUCUAAGUAGUUGAAAUUUUAAUCGAGUUUUUAAUAUACUUACAAGUUUUAGUUUUAACGAUACUGUCAAAAUCUACCAGUACAGGCAUAUAUCAUUUCAUCAUCCUUUAAAAUGCAGCAGCUGGACCUUCUCAUCCAGGAGAUCGAAAGUAUCGACGACUACCUAGGCCCGACCUUCAGAGCAAUUUAUGAUGGAAAUGAACACCAAAAGUUUAUGGAAAAGUUGGAUGAGAGAGUCAAGAGCCAUGACAAAGAGAUUGAAAGGAUGUGCAAUCUUCAUUACCAAGGGUUCAUUGAUUCUAUUCGGGAAUUAAUUCAAGUUCGAUCUCAAGCUCAAGAGCUUAAGGCAAAAAUUUUAGAUUUAGAUGAAAAGAUAGAUGCAACCAUUAGCAAAGUGAUUGAAAAGAAGGAAGAGCUAGUGAAAGCUAGAAAAGUAGAAAAUAAUAUGGCUGCAGCUGUUGAUAGCCUAACAAUGUGUCUUCCAGUUUUAUCUGCCUAUGCAAAAUUACAAAAACAGUUAAAGGAUAAGAGAUAUUAUCCCGCUCUCAAGACCUUGGAGCUUCUUGAAAAACAAGACUUGCCAAAAGUAAAAAAUUAUAGAUUUUCAGCUCAAAUUAUCCAAAAAAUUCCUUUAUUGAGGGAAAAUAUAAAGGAUGCAUCAAUGACAGAUUUACGGGACUUUUUGGAAAAUAUCAGGAAAUAUUCUCCAAAAAUAGGAGAAGUAGCCAUGAGACACGUAAGACAUUUAUUCUUUAAAAAAAAGCGGUUAUAUCCGUUCGUUAAUUUAAAAUUAUGUAAACUUACAGACAGCUGAGCAAUUGGAAAGAGAAGCUGAAAUAACGGUGAAGAGGAAGAGCUCAGUGCUCAAGAUCUCAUGGAUUUCAGUCCUGUUUAUCGAUGUAUGCACAUUUACACUGUUCUUGAAGAAGUAGAAACUUUUAAGGCUUAUUACAGGCAGCAAAGACAACAACAAGCGAGGCUUGUUUUACAGCCACCAAUAAAUAUGCAUGAAAGCUUAGCUGAGUACCAAUCCUACAUUCACAGUGUUGUUGGCUUCUUUGUUGUUGAAGAUCAUAUUUUAAAUACGGGUAACGGUCUAACUACUCGCUCAUAUUUAGAAGAACUUUGGUCAAUGGCUCUUUCAAAAAUUGUUAAUGCUUUGAGAACCCAUUCUGCUUACUGUACGGAUGCUACUCUGAUAUUGAAAAUAAAAAAUUUGAUAAUGUUGUUUAAUACUACUCUUAGGAAUUACGGAUAUUCAGUUGGUCAAUUAUUUGAAUUACUCCAAGAGAUCCGAGUUCACUACAAUGAAGUGCUGAUGCAGCAUUGGGUUCAAAUAUUUCGUGAUAUAUUAGAUGAAGAUAAUUUCUUACCGAUUCAGGUAAAUACUCAAGAGGAGUAUGACAAAAUUCUCACCUCUUUUCCAUAUCAAGAUGAAGAGCUACAAAAAGCACAAUUUCCGAAAAAAUUUCCAUUUUCGCCCAUGGUGCCAAAGGUGUAUCAUCAAGUAAAGGAAUUUAUUUACGCGUGCUUAAAAUUUUCGGAAGACUUGAAUCUUUCAAAAACAGAAAUCGAUGAAAUGAUUUGCAAAUCAACAAAUUUGCUGCUGACACGAACUUUUAGCGGCUGCUUAUCGUCUUUGUUCCGCAAGCCAUCAUUAGCGCUUUUGCAAGUAAUCCAAAUUAUUAUAAAUACUGGGUACCUCGAAAAAUCUACCAAGUAUUUAGAGGAAUUUGUCUGCAAUAUUACAGGAACCCCUCACGAAGGUCAAUUGACUACAGGUAAUUUAAAAACGGCAAUGUUUAAAGUAGCAAAGGAUGACGCUGAGAAGCAAAUAUGCGAAAAAUUGAAGCAGAAACUUGACGAGUUUCUUGAGCUUGAAAAUUACGAUUGGAAUCUAGCCGAGCCGCAAGGUCAUGCUUCGGGCUUUAUCACCGAUCUUAUUACUUUUUUGCAAAGCACAUUUACAUGUUUUACAAAUCUACCAGUCAUUGCACAGGUAGCUUGCAAAUCAGCUUGUUCUCAUAUCGCGAAAUCUGUUUUGGCUAUUUUAAUCAGUGAAGAUAUUAAACAAAUUUCAAUGGGUGCUCUUCAACAAGUUAAUUUAGAUACGAUACAAUGCGAACAAUUUGCCGCUUCCGAGCCCAUUGUAGGGCUACCAGAGGGGUCAUUAUUACAAGAGUUUGCGCAAUUAAGACAGUUACUCGAUUUGUUCAUGAGUUGGGACUGGCCUACUUAUUUUCAUGACUACAUAAACGAGUCUAGCAAAUAUAAUUUAGUAACGCCGCAAAUGGCUGUUAUUUUGCUUGAAAAGCUAAGAGAAUCAGAUAAGAAAACAGUAUUUUCCGUGUUAAAAAAGAGUGAAAGGGAUAAAAAAAAGUUGCUAGAAACUGUGUUAAAACAGUUGAGGCAGCUGGCACAACACACUCAAUAGUGAAACUUUUUUAAGACGAAAAAACUGUAAAUAUGUAUAAUAGAAUGUGAACGGUGUUAUUAAUUUAUUGCCGAUAAAUUGUUUGAGAUUGAUUACUUACUGCAUAAUCAUAUUUUAUCAACAGUUAUUGCGUAAACAGUGCCUUAACGCGUUUUGAUACUAUUUGUUUGUAUAUUACACAAAUGAGAGGAAAAAUUAUUUUAUUUUUAAGCUUUUUUUAAGUAUAUUUAUCAUUUCAAAGUUUUUUUUGUUAUAUAAUAAUGGUAUUAAUUUACAUGUUCAUUACGUGUCAUAUAUUGUACAAUAUUUGAAAAGAAAACUGUACAUUGGACAAUGU